AUAUGUAUAUAAACACUUCACGGCCUCCACCUCUUCAUCAUUCGAUAGUCAAUACCAAACCAAAACCCUCUGCCAAUCUGUAUCUCUCCCACCCGUACACCCUCCCCAUAAAUGGCGCUUUCGAAUCAGCAACCCGUGGUUCACCCUUCCUUUAAGCUCGUGAUCGUCGGUGAUGGUGGAACUGGCAAGACUACGUUUGUCAAACGUCAUCUUACUGGAGAGUUCGAGAAGAGAUAUGAGCCCACAAUCGGUGUGGAAGUUCAUCCGCUGGAUUUCUUCACGAAUUACGGGAAGAUCAGGUUCGACUGCUGGGAUACUGCUGGCCAGGAGAAGUUUGGUGGACUCAGAGAUGGUUACUAUAUUCAUGGACAAUGUGCCAUAAUCAUGUUUGAUGUCACUGCUCGCCUGACAUACAAAAAUGUCCCAACAUGGCACCGCGAUCUUUGCAGGGUCUGUGACAAUAUUCCCAUAGUUUUGUGUGGUAACAAGGUCGAUGUCAAAACCAGGCAGGUCAAAGCAAAGCAGGUUACCUUCCACAGAAAGAAAAACCUGCAGUAUUAUGAAAUUUCUGCAAAGAGCAAUUACAAUUUUGAGAAACCUUUCUUGUAUCUUGCCAGAAAGCUAGCAGGAAAUCUUGAUCUACACUUUGUUGAAUCGCCUGCUCUUGCUCCUCCUGAAGUUCAAAUUGACAUGGCUGCACAAGCACAACAUGAAGCCGAGCUGAAUUAUGCAGUUGCACAGCCUCUUCCGGAUGAAGACGAUGAUUUUACUGAGCCACUCUUUUUUGUUUAGGUUGCUUGUUAGACCGAUAGUCUUGCUGGUUUUAGGUUGUUUGGACAGGUUACUUUGCAAUAUUGCUUGGGUAUCCUCUGUAGAUUAAGGUUGGUUAUUGUAGUUUUUUUUUUUUUUUUUUCUCGGUUCAAAGCUCAGACCUUGUUCACAGGUCAUAUUGAGGAAGGUGAUAUCAAUUGAAUUGCUCCAUUUCACAA